AUGAAUGCUGACAACUUCGCUAGCCUCAACGCCUAUUACAUCUACAUGCACCCUUAUUUCCCUCUGCUACCAGCUUCUUUGACACCGGUAUAUGAAGACCGCGGUACUGAUACUCUGCCAUUGAAGCCAGAGACCAAGCCCGAACGAUCUGAUCUCCCUUAUUGGCCAAAUUCAUCACUGAGUCUUGCGCUGUCGGCUAUUCUGGUCCUCAUACCAGCUUUCUCAGAUCCCACUCCUAUGCACGAGAAGUCCAUACUCCAAAGACGAUCAUAUGCUCAGCUUUUUGCUCACGCAGCUUUAUCAAGUGCUGAAAGGGGAAUGGAUGAGUUGAGCCCGGCAUCUAGUAUCAACGUUAUUGGUGCGAGUGUGUCUCAGGAACAAAGUCCACUCCAUCCACAAGUGCCCCUUCAAUUGGAUCCUAUUCUGGCACUUGUGGUCCUUGCAACUUAUGAGUACUGCCAACGGGGUAAUGUAUCCCGAAUGCGCGCUCGCAUUAAUAAUGCCAUUACUACAGCAAUGGAUAUCUCUCUUCAUAACCUUGGCUCGACAACGACAGAAUUCUCCGAGGCCCAACGGCGGGCAUGGUGGAUGAUUCCUUGGUCUUUUACCCUCCGCGCACAAACCCUUCUCUACGCCGCCCAUUCAAUGGUUCAAACAAUAGAGCGUGUUGCGGAUACGCCACUGUCAUCUGAUUUAGGCAAUGAUAUUAAACACCUCGAUAAUCAAAUCCUGUCUCUCUUGAUUGAAUCAGAUCAAAGUCUACGAGAGAUUUAUGAUUUCGAAGAAGGGGAAUCGAUUGCAGCACAAAACUUGUGGCGCAUCAGCCGCAUCAUGAUACAUACGGCUCGAAUCCGACUUCACCGCUUCAGAGCUUUCAUGGAUAUCCCAUUAUUCCUGGAUAGAUACUGCGAUCUCAUAUCGAUCAACACACACGGGUUUGCUCAUCCUUCUUCUGCAUCCGUCACACACUGGCAAUCUACUUUCCCAUUCACAGAGGAAGAUUCAACGAAUAUAUGCUUGAAGGCCGCUCUUGUGAUCGCGAAUGCAUUUCGCAGCUUGCCGUAUCCCCACGCCUGUGGUCCAGAUACAUGUAAAAGGGGAUCCUUGAAUAGAAGGGUUAUGGUACGGUCUGCCUGUUGCAUCAGCAGAACUCCUCGAACAGUCCCUUUUCUAGUCUGCAGUGCUAUGCAAGGCAGUUAUGUUAUGCUUAUGAUCUGUCAUAAGGUGCGCUCGUGUCUUGAAUCUGGUCAUUUGGAUACUUGUUAUCAUUUACUCAAUAAGCCAGAUCCGGGAACUGAGAUCUCUGAUGCUGAGCGUCUCAUUGAGGAACUUCGUCAUGGUGUGGAGUCUUUGGGUACUAUUCUCAAACAGGAUAAUAUCUUUGAGGGAGUUGCUGGUGUGGGUCGUGAGAUUGAGAGUGCUUACUUUACUGCUUUUCCGGAUCAUCCUCAGAUCGAGAUAUAA